CUUAUAAUUUUACCCUGCCUCUUGCGUUGAAUCAUUGCCUAACUCGUUACUCAUUUGGCCUUGAACAAGGCUUUAGGCCAAAUAGGAGCAAAACACCCAUAAUAAAACAAAAAAACAAAACAGGUUGUUAUAGGUUAAAACUUGUAAUGGCAACCCAGUUAAACUAAAAAUUCCGCUGGGUUUUGGCAGGUUUUGAUGUUUGCACGCUCGUGGCCUCAAAUUUAACAGUGACUGUUGUCUGAAAUCUUCUCAACUUGGUCUGUUCGGUGCUGUUAUUCAAUUUCACAUAUUAAAUCAGCAGUAAGAACAAUGCCCAUCUCCAUCCGUUCAGUUUAUUAUGGACAGAAUGAUGUCGGUGGGUAAAUUGAGAGCAUAUAGGAAAUAGUGAUGCCAUUCUUGAACAAUAUGAGGGUCUUGAAUGCAUCCCAAAUCAGAAAAUAUUUUCAUUUCAAUCAUUUGGAUCAUUGUCACAGUAGUGAAAAUCACGUUAUCGAAUGAUUUAUUCAAUGUAUCAACAUAGUGGACAGUCUGGACUCGAAACCAUGAAUUGGGCGAGUCUAUAUGUAGGCUCUGAGGGUUUAUUAGAUGGAAAGAAAAUUAGCAGAUUAGAAUGAUUUCAAACAAUGCAUAUGGAAGAUACGGCCUAAUAGGCAAUUGGGUUCAUGAAGUGAGUGAGUUUGUAUUUGGGCAAUUAGGGUUUAUAAGAUGGAAAGGAUAUUUCCAGAUUAGUAGACUGAUUUCAAACGAUGCAUAUGGAAGACAUGGCCUACAAGAAGAAGAAGAAGAAGAUGAAGUUAUUAAGGGCUUCCAUGGAAGUCAGGAGAAGAUGUCUCGUGAAAUUGGAUUUGGGGUAAGUAAUGAGGAUAAAUUUGAAUACGAAUACGAGCAUCCAAGAGUCAAGGAAGCUUGUAGGCUCAUCAAGUUGCAGCAUAUGUGGGAGACAAGGCAUGAGAGGGACCUCAGGCGCACGGUUCGCAAACUAACUCCACAACAGGUUUGUGCCGUGCUUCAAUGUCAGGAGGAUGAGAGGGACGCUCUCAAGUUCUUUUACUGGGCAGACAGGCAAUGGCAGUAUCGACACGAUGUUGCAGUGUAUCACUGUCUUCUCAGGAUUUUGAGCAAGACCAAGCUCUGCCAGGGAGCUCGUAGAGUGUUAAAUUUAAUGAUUAGAAGAGGGCAUGCUUGCCAUCCGCUGACAUUCAAUUAUCUGAUGAUUUCAUACAGUCGUGCAGGCAGAUUGUCGGAUGCCCUAAGGGUGUUGAAACUGAUGCAGAUACAGGUUGUUAAGCCUGAUCUCUCAACUUACAACACGAUCAUCCAUGUGCUUGUGAUGGCACAAAAUUUGGAUAAAGCCCAUAAAUAUUUCAAUGCAAUGAAGCAGGCGGGAAUCGCUCCUGAUAUUGUGACAUUUAAUAUUCUUGUCAAGGGGCUGUGUGAAGUGCGUCGAUUGGAUGAUGCUGUGCAGCUGUUGAGAGAGAUGCCUUUCAGGGGUUGCCCUCCUGAUAAUGUUACCUACCAUACAAUACUAAGUUUCCUAUGCAAGCAUAGGAAGAUAGAUGAAAUACGAAGCAUACUGGGGAUGAUGGACAAAUAUGCACUGGCUCCAGAUCAGAGCACCUAUUCUAUUCUAAUUCAUGUGCUUUCAAAAUAUGGUCAUGGUUUUGAAGCCUUGCAAUUUCUCAGGGAGUUGGAAGACAAAGGCUUCAAAGUCGGCGUAGUGGAAUAUAGUACAGUAAUUAAUUCAUUUUGUAGGGAUGGAAAGAUGGAUGAAGCUAAAGAAGUUGUAGACGAGAUGGUUUCGAGGGGGCUUAUACCUGAUAUAGUUAUAUACAGCACAAUAAUCAAUGGAUUUUGUAGAAUAGGACGAGUUGAUUUAGCUAGAAAGUUGAUUCAUAACAUGCUUCAGAAGGGCUUGGAACCUAACACUGUACUUUACACAGCCCUGAUGAAUGGACUCUGCAAGAUUGGCAAUUCAAUGGAGGCAAAACGGCUUCUUGAAAAGAGUGAGGAUGAUCUUUGGACACCCAAUAGCAUCACAUACAGUGUAGUUAUGCAUGGGCUUCGAAGAGAAGGAAAAUUGACAGAGGCAUGCCUACUUGUGAGUGGGAUGCUGCAGAGGGGAUGCUUCCCUUCUCCCGUUGAGAUUAACUUGCUGAUACAUUCUCUAUGUAAGAAGCACAGACCUGAUGAAGCAAAAAGAUUCAUGGAAGAAUGCUUGAGAAAAGGUUUUCCUAUCAAUGUCGUACAUUUUACCACUGUGAUACAUGGGUUCUGCAAGGAAGGAAAGAUAGAAGAGGCUCUUUCUUUGCUGGAUGACAUGUAUUUGACCAAGCGCUAUCCAGAUGCUGUAACUUAUACAACUUUGAUUCAUACACUGGGCAAGAAAGAUAGACUAAAAGAGGCUUCUCAACUCACUCUAAGAAUGCUGAAGAAGGGCGUGCUUCCUACACCUCUAACUUAUAAAACUAUUAUCAACAGAUUCUGUGAUAAUAAUAUGGUGGAAGAGUUGUGUCAAUUACUGGCACAGAUGAUGGAGAGCGACAGCUUUAGAGAUGGAUAUAAUCUGAUGAUUGAGAAGCUUUGUAAGGAUGGAAAGCUGCAGGAGGCCUUCAAAUUUCUUGGCAAGGUGUUGCGAACAGCUUCUCAUACUGAUGCCGUCACAUGCCAUUCUCUGAUUCAGAGUUUUCUCAAGAAUGGUCAACCGACAGAUUCCUACAAAGUAGCUUGCAGAAUGUUUCAAAGAAACAUGAUUCCUGACAUUCAGAUUUGCAGAAAAAUAAAAGAACAACUGCUUUUGGAGGGAAAAUCAUGGGAAGCAGACAAGCUGAUGGAGAAAUUUGUGGAGAGGGGAUGCAUCUCGCCAGGUUCUAUAUAAUCAGUCAGACAUCUAAGCCCAGAGAUUGUUUACAGAAAUCUUGAUAUAACUGUAAUCUGGAUAAUUCAUUCAAGGUGCCUAAAUUUGGAAGCAGUACUGUCCUAAGCUGAUAUCUGUUGGCAUUGAAAAAUAUUAAUGAUAUCAAGUUGUCACAGUCCAUGAGAUAAUGAGACAUGUUUUUGGAAACAAGUUUGUAGAAAAAAUUAUCAACAUUUUAGAUCACAUUGCAUGAUCCAUUAUUAGUGAGGAAAGAUGCAGGCAGAUAGUGGGCUAGAGAUUCUGAUAUAAAUAACUCUCGUAGAGUAUAUUGAUGCCAUUAUAGGAGAAACAAAAAUAUUAAAUGCACUAGCCAUUACAUGCCAUUAAAUUAGAUAAAAAAUAUUGAAUGCACUGGCCAUUACUAUCAAUAAAUCAGAUACAAUCACCCUUCUGAAAUUAUAAAAUGUCGCGCUUCUUAUUUUUAGCAUAUUGACAAUUGGCUUUGAUUAGUAAAAUGCUUAGUUGAUUUCAUUGGAGAAGUGGAACACGGCUCAGUAAAUACAAGAAGCAGGGUGCAGGCAUCUGAAGUUGGAAAUUUAGAGAAAAAUCAAGGUUUUGACAGUUCGAUGCAAAAUUGCCAGUAAUUGUAGACAGUUUUGUAAUCACCAAGGCAGUAGAAAAGCGGUUGUUUCAUGACUGUUGAAAAGCAGUGGUUUCCUCUUGCAUCAGAAUAAGCCAGUAUUGCCCAAGAAUGCUUUGAAUUCCUGUUCCAUGUGGUUUUUGAUGAUUUUUAGGAUCCUUGAUCAGAUUGUACAAGUUUAUUAAACAUGUGUAAAUGCCCAUAGAGGUACAUAAAAAGGAUUUGAGUUGAAUUGUUUGAAUUCUAGCAAAUUCAUAGGCUCAACUGACUGUCAUAGGGUACAGCUCUGGAAGUGUGUAAUUGAGCUUUGAAUGAUCUUGGGAACUGAAAUAAGUUGAAUUGAGGCUGGUUGGGUGCCCAAGAGGCCUAAAAUUGUAUUUUACAUUGAAGAUAGUGGAUAAGUGAAUCUUUUGCCUUUAUUUUUC